AUGCAGCUUCCCUGGCAAGGAAUUUGCUUUGUAGGGCUUUGUUAUGCCCCUAGCCAUCAAUACAGUGGUAAUCCUGCUGGUUCAAAUAACGGUUCCCAGGAAAGUGCUGGAAGUGGCGAAAACGGCCACAAUUCCUUUGGUGUGGAUGGUAGUGACGACUAUAGUUAUAACAAUGGCAGUGACAACUUGGCCAACCAAUUCCCCCUUAGUUACGACAGUCUUGUUGGUACUACCGGCCUUACCAGUAAUUUCAGUUUGAGUCCCCAGCAUCGUUCUCCGAGUCGGUCCCCUCCCCGUUACGGAAGCGUGUCUCCCCCUCCCUUAGACCACUACGGGUCUACUCCUGCUAACGUUCCAAUUGCUCAGGAUCAGUCACAACGAGAAUACACAAUCUCAAGUACAGUUACCUCCGCGUCCCCUCCCAGCAACGCGGGAAGCUCCUCUGAUCUUGACCUAGAUGACUUUGAUCACCACUUGCAACAGAUGCACUCCUCGUCCCAAGAAGGAUCCUUACAAAGAUCCGUGCGCUCUCUAGGCCCCCCGUCCCAGUCAAGCAGUCAACAAGGAAGUCACAUGCAUACAUCAUCCGAUGCAUCUGGCUCCAGACAAGGCUCAUUUACAUCGCAGAAUGGGGAAGAGCAAUGUAGCAACCUGCAGGGUGGAGCCCAGCUCCCGUUUCCUUCGUUAUGA